AUGUCGAGGUGAAAAGGUCGUGGUAGAAACAGCGGCUGGAAACUCACGUUACCACAUUUUUCACAAUAUCGAAGUCUGGUUCGUUAUCGUACGAUAGGCCCAGGAUAGGCCUAGACUUACGAUCAUGUAAUGUAAUUUUGGGUUUGUUGUCUCACUGUCAUAUGCAAUUAAUCUUGCAUUGAUGGUUGUUGCAUGUGUUGAAACAUUGCAACACGCAACGAUUAUAUUACAGUGAAAAUGUUGACCAAAAUUAACGCGUUUGACCAGCAAGAAGAAGAAUGUACCGCUCGUCUGAAUAGUGAAUAAACAAUUAUCCAGGAAUUGACUUUUUCACAGUUUGCCCUCCCGUCUGAAUGGUGAAUUGUUUACAACAAUGAUACAAUCAGGAUCCUAGGAAUUGAUUCUAUGAUUCCAGCCGUGGUGCACUCGGGAAUAACUUUUUAAACAAUUUAUAAAGAAAUACCAACUGUGAAUCUUAUUAUUAUUGAACAAAAGACAAACUAAUUAAAAGUGCGAAGCGCCUGUGAUUCUGAACUGAACUCUGAUUUAGAAAUGAUACAAUUUUUUUUAAUUUCCCAGUUUCCUAAUCUCGCUGAAGGACACAAAGAAAAAUAAUUAUUAUUUAUGAAACGGACAAGAACAUUUGUUCUCUAACUAUCUGAAUAUAUCAGUAUAUUCGCCCCUGGUGAUAUAAAGAGCAUUAGUGGUUAUAUUAAUCGAAGACGCAUACGAGAUACAAAAAUGUCAUUAUUAUUAUCCUUGAUUUGUGCUUCGUUCCUCGUCCUACCGAUGGCGUCCUUAGUGGAGCCAGCAGAAGUCGACCCCUUCGAAGACUGCCAAGCGACGCCCUGCGUCAGCAAGUGCUGCCCCCAGGGCACGAUCCUCAACAUAACGCAGUGCGUCGAACCGGCUGACAAAAACGACCUGUGGGAGCCGACGUUCUACGACGAAUCCGCGAAGCCUCUUAAGGUUCCUCCCGCCGGAGUGAAGUUCAAACACGGCUUUCCGGUCUGCGAGAAAUUCGUCCUGACGCCGCAUUUGAACCCCGAGGACGAAUUUUUCCUCCUGGAGGACGGUUACCUGAACGUGCCCCUCUACCAAAACGCCUACGCCCCCGGGAGGUACUGCGUCGAAAAGGCGAGCGUCAGCCUCGUCGAGGUGGAGGAAGUGGCCCUCCUCUGCUUCCCCGACAAAGACGAGAGCCCCUCCGAGGAAUCGAGCAGAGCCUGCAAGGUGGCCAAGGAAUAUGUUUACCCCGUUCUCCUGAUGGUGUCCUGCGUGUUUCUAACCAUCACGCUUUUCGUUUACGUGUGGAUUCCGGAGCUCCGCGGGAAGCUCCACGGGCGGUGUCUGCUGUCCAUGGUGUCCUCGCUGCUGGCGACGUACGUCCUCAUGACUGUCGUCAUGCUGGCGGUCGAGGGGAUGUCUGAUCCUGCCUGCUUGGCUUGCGCUUUUUUGAAGCAGCUGACGAUGUUGGCGUCCUUCUUCUGGCUGAAUGUCAUGUGUUUCGACAUCUGGAGGUCGCUGAAGUCGAUGCGACCGGCCUCGGAGACGAGCGCCAAAUCCCGCCAGCGGUUCCUGCUGUACUCUGCCUACGCCUGGGGGUCGCCCCUCCUCAUCGCCUCCGUCACCAUGGUCGUGCAGACCCUAGACCCAUCCCAUAGGAACCUCGUGAGGCCGAACUUCUUGAACAACCGGCAGAUGUGCUGGUUUGAAGGUACGAAACCUCUCUGGCUUUACGUUUACAUGUUUAUACUGACUUUGACGAGCUUGGACAUCGCGUUCUUCCUGAUGGUAGCUUACAUACUUCUCAAGUCGCGGAACAACCAGCGACUCCAGAGAGCACGAAGCCAGAAUAGAGACAGGCUGUGGUUGUGUGGGAAGAUCUUCCUAGUGAUGGGCAUCACGUGGAUUACCGAAGUGAUUUCAUGGCAGCAGGGUACUUGCGAAGCGUGGAUUUUAACGGACAUCAUCAACGCCCUGCAAGGCUUCACCAUCUUCCUGGUCUUCGUGUGCAAGAAGAGCACGCGACAAAUGGUGGGUCCGAGGACUGAUGUUUCCCGCACUGGUCCUCCCUCUCUUUCUGCACGUAGUCAAAUGUCCAAUCUGUCGAAUUCCUUAGCUCAGGUCACGAGGAGAGUGUCCAAGAUGAAGAGCAACUUCUCCACCUCCUCCUCCACCAAGUCUUCCAAGAGGUCCUCCACCUUCUUCACGUCUCUGAGCCAAUCGGGGACCAGGAACACCACCUCCAGCGUCGUCUCUCACUCGGCCGAGUCCCAGAGUUUGACAGGAGCGUCAGCCGAAGGCCAGAAACAGCCCAACAAACCUAUGACCAUCAUCCGGGAGGCUGACUACACUGCGGAAGAGCUGACAAUAGAAACGCGUGCUGACGAUCCAUCACCUGGAGCUGACGAAGACUGCCCUUCCAUUCCCGAAGAACGCAGUGACCAGGAGCUUGACGACAUGACGCCUAAAUCACCGCCAGGAGACUCGAGUGAAUCACCAAUGAUCGAAGCCUCCAAACAUGAGUCUAGGCUCGAGUCUAGGGGCGAAUCUGGCGUUUCAGAGACGGACGAACUCGUUACAUCGAGGGAGGAACCAGACUUGACUUCGGAAUGUUCGAAAGCAGAGCGGCCGGAGGAGAACUCGCCCUUGUUAGCUAGAAAUAAAGACACCUAACACUUCAGUACACGAAUAAUGAGCAUGGAUCAGUUUACAGUAUUACGAAGUGACCAAGUAACGAACUAAAAAUACUGCGUAGAGCGACUUCGGAGGUGGUUGAUAAGCGCAUUUUUAAUUAGGGUACACAUCCCUUGUACUACUUAAUGCCCUUUUGUCCUCUUGCAUAAUUUACUAUGUAAAUAUUUAAAUAUUCAGACAUACUGAGACGGCCACAGUGGUUCGUACUACGUACGCUGAAUUAUACAUUGAUUUUGACCUGCAUGGUGGCUUAGAGUACUUAUAUAUACAUACACCUACGAGACAGGAACACUUAAAUGUCGCUGUAGUACCAGAAUUCACGAUACGAAAAUAGGCCGUAAAGUAAAUUUGAUUUUAAUCCAA